AUGGACGGGUUGAGCGGUCAAACGUUGUCUGUAAAGGAGGCCAAUGCCCUUAUGGAGAGGGUACAGAAUGACCCGCUUGUAAUCGAUGAGAAGUGGAACUUGAUCUCAAUGGAAUGGUGGAAAAGUUUCACAGCAUGUGUUGAGAAAGGUGACACGGUUAGUAUAGCACCAAUUGAUAACGAGGUUCUGUUGGAUAGAACUAAAAACGGCACUUUUACGUUAAAGAAGAAUCUGUUGGAAAGAGCCGACUUUAUUCUUGUACCGUCAAUGGUGUUUGAUCGGUUAAGUGAAGUAUACGGAGUGGUUUCGAAAGAACGUGAUACUAUCACUCGCCGCGUUACGUUUUCAUUUCCAACACAUCAAUCGCUUCGGGUUGAAAUCUACCCAUCCACCAUCAGGGUAUUUUAUCACGAGCGGAUGAUAUGGAUAACUGUCACACCAUGGAGUUUUCUUCAAAUGACUCUUUUGUAUCAUAUAUAUGAUGCUGAUGGACAUAAGCCAUUGACGGGCAAAAAUUGGGAGGAUGCGUUUGCUUGUGAUGCUCUGAUUGUAGUGGACAUUGUUGACGAACAUGGUCACGGUCUUGUUGGUUCAAAACAACCGAAUAACCGAGAUGGUUCUGAAGUAAUCAUGAAAUCGGGAAAGGAAUUACGCGCUGAAGAUUCACUGGAAAGGCAUGCUUUCAAGCCAGGUGUGUGCGGAUUGGAUAAUUUGGGCAAUACGUGCUUUAUGAACAGCGCUUUACAGUGUUUGAGCAACGUAAACGAAGUGAGUGAAUACUUUCUGAGUAAUCGAUAUGAGCAAGAUAUCAAUGAGGAGAAUGUGCUGAACACAAAAGGUGAUCUGGCGCGUGCUUAUGCGAAUUUAAUUCAGCAGCUAUGGAGUGGUAUUUAUAGUCGAUAUUCGCCACGGAAAUUCAAGGCAGCAAUUGGGCAGCAUUUUCAACAGUUCAGUGGCUAUGCUCAGCAUGACGCGCAAGAAUUUUUGUCGUUUUUGCUGGAUGGUUUGCACGAGGAUUUGAAUCGAGUCAAAAAGAAGGUUUAUAUGGAAGCCAAAGAUUCAGCCGGACGUCAUGAUCGUGUGGUUGGGUUUUGUUUCGUAGCGGAUGAAGCGUGGAAUAUGUAUAAAAUGAGUAAUGAUAGCAUAAUUGUCGAUUAUUUACAUGGACAGUUGAAGUCGAAGGUUGUUUGUCCGAAGUGCAAACUGGUCAGCGUUACAUUCGAUCCGUUCUGCUUUUUGUCAGUGCCUCUACCACCAAAGGAGAGAAUUAGUAAAAUAUCGCUAACAAUUGUACCGUUUGAUGUAAAUCGUAAAUGGAUGAAGAUUUUAUUCGCCCUAAUCAAUUACAAGGCACUUGUGAGAUUGUUAGACGAGGAUGAGCUCAUUUGUAAUUCUUUCAUGCCACCAGUUCGACAAAUAUACGCUUAUCAGCUGAACGAAGGUGGAAGUAAUAAUACUAACACUAAUAUCAAUAACAUUAAUACGUCUGGUCAUCGUGCACAUCAACAAUAUCCACCUUUGAAUAUCAUUCAAAUUCGGAAUGUUGAUUCAAUGGGCAAAGACUUUUUAACAACACCGCUACUGAUGUGCGUUCCGUCGAUGGCCACUUUGAAUGCACACUUUAUCAAUAGUAAAAUUCUACCCCACAUUAGGAAAUGUUUUGUGGUAGUUGGAAAAACGGUGAUGAAAACAUCGGCUGCGAAAGUUGAUAUAAAGACGAAAACUUCUUCAUCGACAUUCACAUCGAUAACCUCAAAUCCUCAAGUAGACACAAUCUCGGAUACAGUCAUGGACACAACGAAUGCAGAACGAAUAAAAGCGCCCAUAGCAGCAAACGCAACGGUCCUAACAAAAAGCUCGAACCCACAACAAACAAUUGAUUCAUUUAACGCAAUACCGACAGAAAGAACGAAUGGACAUGCCGAUGAAAAUAUGAAUGAAGCUGAAGACGAUGGCGUUGAUUGGGAACGACGUGAAACUUCGAAUGAUACGUGCAAACCGACUGCCAUUAAAUACUCAGCAUUCAAUUCUACAGAUGAAAGGAUGGAGAAUAUUGAUGCCGAAAAGGAGAAUAUUCAAGAGAAAGAAGUGAGUGUGAAGCAAUCAGUGCGAAAAAGUAUUACGGUUACUGAAUGCAUCGAUCUCUUUACACGUGAAGAACUACUCAGCACAAAUAAUUUAUGGUAUUGUCCACAUUGUAAGGAGCAUCAGCGUGCCACCAAGAAAUUGGACUUAUGGCGACUACCACCGAUACUUAUCGUACACAUGAAGCGUUUCACUUGCUCUGGAUGGACUCGCGAAAAAAUUGAUAUUCCGAUCAAAUUUCCUCUAACUGGGUUAGAUCUAACCGAUCGAGUGGUUGAUAAACGAUUUGGUAAAUUUGUUUAUGACCUAAUCGCGGUUAGCAAUCAUAGCGGUGGUCUCGGUGGUGGCCACUAUACGACUAUUGCUCUAAACAAUAAUAAUUGGUACAGCUACAAUGAUUCAUUUACAAGCGUUAUAAAUGAGCCGAGUAACGUCUCCAGAGAAGCUUACAUGCUUUUAUAUCGAAGGUGA